GGGACUCAGAGUCCUGUGACGUCACUUCCGCACUCGAUGAACCGCCAUGGCUGUACAGCAGGACCGUGGCGUCCCCCUGAGUACUCUUUCUCCCAAGUACCUUCAUACCAAUUCUACCAGCCACACCUGGCCUUUUAGUGCCAUUGCUGAGCUCAUAGACAAUGCCUACGAUCCAGAUGUCCUGGCCAAUGCUUUCUGGAUUGAUAAGACUGUUGUCAAAGGACACGACUGCCUCAGUUUCAUGGAUAAUGGGAAUGGUCUGGACCAUGAGGCCAUGCAUAAAAUGCUCAGCUUCGGCUACAGCGACAAGGUUUCCGUAAAGGGAGUGGAACCCAUCGGGAUGUACGGCAACGGUUUCAAAUCCGGAUCCAUGCGUCUCGGAAGAGACGCCAUCGUCUUUUCCAGGUCCAAGAAUGCGUCAUGCGUCGGGAUGCUCUCUCAAACAUACCUGGAAAAGAUCAACGCCCAACAGAUUAUUGUUCCCAUUGUAUGCUUUGAGCACACAGACGGCAACCUAUGUGUAAGAGAGGAGCACAGAGCCAGUCUGCAGGACAUCCUGCACUACUCUCCUUUCGUAACUGAGACGGACCUACUCACUGAGAUCAGCGCCAUCACGUCCACCUGCUCCACCGCGACGACCGGCACACGCAUCAUAAUCUGGAACCUGCGCAGGACAUCCACAGAAGCCUUAGAGUUUGAUUUUCAGGCAGACCGUUACGAUAUUCAAAUUCCGUCCGAUGUCUAUGAGGACUUGACCUCGGCUGGUGACAGAAUCCCCUCACACAUACCUGAGAGUGUUUACUCACUACGGGCGUACUGCAGUAUCUUGUACCUGAAGCCUCGCAUGCAUGUCAUUAUACGAGGUCAGAAAGUGAAAACUCAGCUAAUAGCCAAGAGUCUGGCCAACAGCAAAACAGACCACUACAAGCCCAUCUCUCUUACCAAAAGAAUUCCCAUUAUUUUUGGCUACAACACCAAAAGCACAGACCACUAUGGCAUCAUGAUGUAUCACAAGAAUCGUCUCAUAAAGGCCUAUGAGCGUAUAGGCUGCCAACUCAAGCCCAACAGCAAAGGUGUCGGCGUCAUUGGGGUCAUAGAGUGCAACUUCCUUGAGCCGAUGCACAACAAACAAAGCUUUAGUGAGAAUGACAAGUACAGGAAAACUAUGGCCAGUUUGACAAUCAAGCUGGAUGAAUAUUGCAAUGAAAUUCGCUACAGGUUGACCAGAGACAACCCAGACAGAAAGGUGGAAGUGGAUGACAUCAGCAAGCGUGCGGAUCAGAACUGGGUGAUGUGUGACCUUUGCAGGAAAUGGCGCAAACUGCCUGACGGGAUCGACUGUAGCAGACUGCCGGACAGUUGGUUCUGUCAUAUGAAUCCCGAUCCUCAGUUCAGGAAUUGCGAGGCUGAAGAAGAGGCUCAGGACUCUGAUGAUGAACAACCGUCAUACAGAAAAACAUACAAGCAAAAAGAGAGGGAGGACAAAAAGAAGCUAAUGAGUAAGCAGAAGGUCGAGGCUGAUAGACGGCGUUGGGAAGAGCGGCGCAUGGCUAAGCUGACGCUGCAAAACCAAGCUCUUCGACAGCAGGAGGAGGACCUCAAACGCAAGCUACAUCAAAAAACAGUCCAUUCCCCCACUACUCCCACUACCUCAGAGAGAAGGUUGAACAUGGACUCAGUACAGGAGACUUCAUCCUCUCCAGGGGUGACCGCUGUGUCUGGAACCUCCCCCAGUAGCAAUGGUUUUCCAAUUAUUUCAAGCGUGUACUCUUUGUCAACCAGUCCCUCAAGGAAAAAAAGGAGGAUGUCUGCCGAGUCACAAAGCACUCCGAAAAGUCAUAGACAAAAUCUCUUCCAAGAAGGUGCAUCAGAUGGUUCGUCAUCAGUAGAUGUGAGCCCGCUGAGAAAUGAGGCCUUUGAACCAAAAGAGUUUAUGGGGUUGGUCAAUGAAGGAAGUUCUUCCCCUGCACCACCUCCUGGCAUCAGCCAGAUGGAAGCGCCACAGAUAAAGGGUGAAAAGGAGGAUAAGGCAAUAAUUAAACAAAAUCCAGACCAAACAGAAUGUGGGGCUGUUGCAACUGCCGAGCGAGGCACUCAGUUUUCGAGAAUGAUUAAGAGAGAAAAUAACACUCAAAGCAUAAAUGAAUCCAAUCAGACUGUGUAUAUAGCUAGCGAUGAUGAUAAUGAAAUCACUGAGUCAUUGGAAUGGCCUAUGGAAACUAAGGAACAACAAGAUGUGGACCAUGAGGAGCGACUUGAGAAUAUUUUGCCGUUUACUGUCAAUUGUUUACACCAAUCAAGCCAGACAGAGGAAACAUUGCCUGAUAAAGAUUAUAAAAGCCUGUUUGAGAAAGCUGAAGAAAAGAUUCAUCAACUUGUGAGCAGCAGAGCUGAUUUAUUGGAAACUGCUCGGAUCAAACCUAGUGCUACCCAGGCCGAGGAGGAUUUGGGCAACAUCACGUGGCAAGUUGACUCUCUUGUCCGGGAACUCGAUCAAAGAACCAUGGAGAGGAAUCAACUGCGCUCUCAGUUGAAGAAUGUAAAGUUGGAAAAGGCAAACCUGUCCAGCCAGUGUCAGGAGCUCAGGAUGAGGCUGCAGCAAGCAGGAGGACAAACGCAGGAGAGUGGGAGCAGAGCGCCACUGCAGAAUGAAGAUUUAUCCACACAACCAGCAAACAGCCCAACAAAUUCAGAGUACUUCAAAAGGUUGGUUGAACUGCGUUACAACAUUGGGCGCCUUCUCGUCAACCGUGUGCCUUAUCUGGACCUGGGCCAAGUCAAUUAUGAAUGUGACGUCAUCGACGAGAUCCUGGAACAAUAUCUCACUGUCAACUCCUCAGACAGAAGUGACGCGCCAUGCUCAAAGUAGAGCUAAUGCAGGUUUAUUGAUCUGUGAGGGAUUGGUAUUCAUCUGUCCAUCCAUCCAUUUUCUAUAGCCAGGGAUGCACAUACUGUGUGCUCUACUACACAUUGAAAAUAUUAAAAGCGCACCAGAUUCAAUUGUCAGUGCGCAUUUGCGUAUUUUUUGUUUUCUUUUUUAACUACUGUAUUAUCAUUUUAUUCUCAUUUAUGAGGGCUGGACCUCUAUCUUUAGGAUGCAUAUGUUGGUGCUGAGUUUAUGGUAUAAACUGUACAGAAUUUGAGACAACUAAACCAGCCUUUGCUAAAUGGUUAGCAUUCGAAAUUAGCAUUAGCAUGGUAGUGAUUACCAUUUUAGGUUAAAAAAAAAAAAACAAUCGAAUGGGAAAACCCAAAAGCUUUUGCGUGGUCACGUGUUUAUAAAUGUUUUGUCUGAGACAGAUGUAUAAUAUUCCAUGUCAUGUUCAACUUUUGACAGCAAAAAGGUUAAAUCUAGACUGUGUAACUUCAAGAAAAGAAAAAAAUGUCACCUAAGCCCAUUAAUAGAGGAGAUGACAUAAUGCUGAUUAAGUCUAUCAUCUCCUCUCACAUCUUGCUGUAUUUUUCAGUAUUUGAUCUUUUAUAUUUCUUGUCGACCGGUGACAUUCCUGCACUGGCCACUUUGAAGUGCACCGAAACUGACAUAGCGGAAACGACGGACCGGAAGUGAAGCAUUGUCCCUAGCAAUGUGCAGAGCGUGGCCCCUUGUCUCCCGUUUGUAAAAAAGCUAGACAUAUUAUUUUGUGGUGACACGGUGUGAGACUGGUUAGCACAUCUGCCUCACAGUUCUGAGGAGCGGGGUUCAAUCCCCGGUCCUGCCUGUGUGGAGUUUGCAUGUUCUCCCCGUGCCUGGGUGGGUUUUCUCCGGGCACUCCGGUUUCCUCCCACAUCCCAAAAACAUGGGUGGUAGGUUAAUCGAAGACUCUAAAUUGCCCGUAGGUGUGAAUGUGAGUGCGAAUGGUUGUUUGUUCCCAUGUGCCCUGCGAUUGGCUGUCGACCGGUUCAGGGUGUACCUCGCCUCUCGCCCGAAGAUAGCUGGGAUAGGCUCCAGCACGCCCGCGGCCCGUGUGAGGAUAAGCGGAACGGAAGACAAAUGAAUGUAUUAAAUAUUAUUUUGUUUUUAUAGCAGGGAAUAAUCAUACAAUAAUUACUGUGUAAACAAAAACAAUUCCACGUUUUUGGUUCCGCACCAACCAAUGCAUGCACAAUGCGCAGCAAUAAUAGGGAUUUUACAACAAUUGCUCCUUCCGAAGAAUCCAUCUUUUUUUCCUUUUAUUCUGUCCUUCAAAACAGAAUAAAAAUGUUGUGGAAUCACACACAAGUGGCAACCUAUGUAAUAUCUAGGCCUGAGAAUUUUCCGCGGAUUCGUGGAUUUCAGAGUUUUUCCGAUGAAAAAUAUCAUUCUUUUGAAUCGCGUAAAUCCGUUGAGAACAUUUUUGGGCAUUUCAAAUUGUUUUUGGAAAUUGUGGAUGUCGUGUCCUCUGGGCCAAAGAGGAAAAGAACCAUCCGGACUGUUAUGGACGCAAAGUUCAAAAGCCAGCAUCUGUGAUGGUAUGGGGCUGUGUUAUUGCCAAUGGGAUGGGUAACUUACACAUCUGUGAAGCCACCAUUAAUGCUGAAAGGUACAUACAGGUUUUGGAGAAACAUGCUGCCAUCCAAGCAACAUCUUUUUCAUGGACGCCCCUGCUUAUUUCAGCAAGACAAUGCCAAACCACAUUCUGCACGUGUCACAACAGCGUGGCUUCGUAGUAAAAGAGUGCCGGUACUAGACUGGCCUGCCUGCAGUCCAGACCUGUCUCGCAUUGAAAAUGUGCGCUGCAUUAUGAAGCGUAAAAUAUGACAACGGAGACCCCGGACUGUUGAACAGCUGAAGCUGUACAUCAAGCAAGAAUGGGAAAGAAUUCCACCUACAAAGCUUCAACAAUUGGUGUCCUCAGUUCGCACACGUUUAUUGAAUGUUGUUAAAAGAAAAGGUGAUAUACCACAGUGGUAAACAUGACCAUGUCUCAGCUUUUUUGGAACGUAUUCGGCCAUAGAAUUCUAAGUUCAUGAUUCCAUCCAUCCAUUUUCUGAGCCGCUUAUCCUCACAAGGGUCGCGGGCAUGCUGGAGCCUACCCCAGCUAUCAUCAGGCAGGAGGCGGGGUACACCCUGAACUGGUUGCCAGCCAAUCACAGGGCACAUAUAAACAAACAACCAUUCGCACGCACAUUCACACCUAGGGGCAAUUUAGAGUCUUCAAUCAAUCGACCACGCAUGUUUUGGGGAUGUGGGAGGCAACCGGAGUGCCCGGAGAAAACCCACGCAGGGAUGGAGAGAACAUGCAACCUCCACACAGGCGGGGCCGGGGAUUGAACCCGUUCCUCAGAACUGUGAGGCAGACGCUCCAACCAGUCGUCCACCAUGCCGCCUAAAUUCAGGAUUAUUUGCUAAAAGGUUUGAACAUUAAAUGUAUUAAAUUAAAUAUAGGUUAAACAUGAUUUGCAAAUCAUUGUAUUCAGUUUUUAUUCAUGUUUAACACAACAUCCCAACUUCAUUGGAAUUGGGGUUGUAGACUUUUACAUCUGAAGUAAUACUGCUAUCGGUGUUAUUACCUGAUAUACUGUUAUUUCUCAUGUAUAAUGUGCAUUUUUCCCUUAAAAAAUUGUCACGUCAAUAGUGCUCAUUAUACAUAGGUAUAGGGGGAAAUGGGGAAAAAAAAAAAUUCACAUUUUAUAAAUGAAUGCUGCCAUCUAUAGGUUAUGAAAAAGCUGUACACUUUGAUUCCAAUAUGCCACCGCCACCAAGAGGUAAAUAUGACUGAACAACAACCAUCCUUAAUUUUUUAUGGUUAUGUUUUGUUUAAUGAUAAUGCUUUUCUGAAACGCUUGACAGUAUAAUUUGAAUCCCAUUAAAAUUAAAUGUGUUCCACCUGG